AUGACUUUUGGUGUGCUACGCCCAUUGACGGCGACGUCUUUCAGUUUUGGAAGAGGCCAAUUUUUAGGCUGCUCACAGAUAGGUUUAGUAUUUAUUAGAACUAUGAUGAAAACACAUAAAGGUACGGCGAAAAGAUGGAGAAAAACUGCUGGUGGUUUCAAAAGAGGGAUACCAGGUAGAAGUCAUGGUAGCACUGGCUGGGGCAAGAAAUACCUAAAAUCCUUAUCUGGAAGUGCUUCAGCUCACAGUUCUCACGUAAGGCGGCUGAAAAGACUUCUACCAUAUCAUUAA